AUGAGUUGGGGCUACCGUUUUUUCCGUUACGAUUUGCCGUAUGCCCUUUUAGGUGCAUUUAUUGGUUGGAACUGCGAUGUAUGUUGUUGUGUGCAAGGCCGUUCCAUGUUCCCUACACUUGCACCAGGAGAUUAUGUUCUCUUCGCUCCUUACACUCUGCUUAGUCUUAUGCAAAAUUUUUCUAUCCAGCCACUGGUAAAAGAAGGCGAUGUUGUCGUUGUGCGCAUAUCACCCGAAUUAACAGUUUGCAAGCGCGUGAUGCGCCUCACCACCGACCGCAACGUUGCGCAAGAGUGGAACGACGAUCAGUUCACAGAGAUUGAACCGCAGUACAUCCCUCCGUUUACAUCUAACGUCACACAAGAACAAGAACAACAACAACAUGAAGAAAAUAAGGAAUUCUUGGAGGAGCAACAACGAGAGGAAUGGGAGGCUGCUGCACAUCAGAGUCUCGCUGCCUACGCGCGGUCACGCGACUGGGAUGAGUGCCUUGACCGCGUGGACCACCCGGCCGCGUGGAUAUGGCUUGAGGGUGACAACCCACCAGAGAGUUUUGACUCGCGCCACACUGGUGCUAUGCCUCUUGAGUGUCUACGCGGACUCGUGUUAACAAAGUUGUGGCCGGUGCCUGCACUGUUGUCACCGCGUGUCGUUUCUUGA